CUAUCCAUAUCAUUCAAUAAAAUCCCUAGCAAGCUUUCCCGCCUCUCCCUAUCUUAACAAUGGCCGAUAAGAGAAAGCGCCGCCGGCCCGUCGACGACUCGGACUCUGACUCGGAACUUCCUUUCAAAUCCAAACUCAAAUCCGACUCGGCCAUCCUCCAAACAUUGAAAACCCUAAAAGACUCCGUCGCCUCUUCCUCCGAAACAAAACCCCUAACCCUCAGCGACCUCAACCUCUCCACCGCAUGCCGCGAAGUGACCGACCGCUCGCUCUCCUCCGUCCAAUCCUCCAUUGAAUCUCUCAUACUCUCCUUUGCCCACUCCAUUCUCGCCGGCAACGGCUUCUCUUUUUCUGUCCCCUCCCGUUCAUCUGCUAACCAACUUUACGUCCCCGAGUUAGACCGCAUCGUGUUAAAGGAUAAAAGUGCCGUUCGCCCCUUCGCCAAUGUAUCCAGCGUCCGCAAGGCCACCGUUUCCACUCGCAUCCUCCAGCUCAUCCACCAGCUCUGUCUUAAAAGCAUUCAUGUCACCAAGCGUGAUCUCUUUUACACCGAUGUUAAACUCUUCCAAGACCAAACCCAAUCGGAUGCAGUUCUGGAUGACGUGUCGUGCAUUCUUGGUUGCACGCGGUCCAGCCUCAACGUGGUUGCUGCGGAGAAAGGGGUGGUUGUUGGGAGGCUGAUAUUUAGUGAUAAUGGUGAUAUGAUUGAUUGUACAAAAAUGGGGAUGGGGGGGAAGGCGAUUCCUCCCAAUAUAGAUAGAGUUGGGGAUAUGCAGAGUGAUGCAUUGUUUAUAUUGUUGGUGGAGAAGGAUGCGGCUUAUAUGAGGUUGGCAGAAGAUAGGUUUUAUAACAGGUUCCCGUGCAUAAUUGUGACGGCAAAAGGACAGCCGGAUGUGGCAACACGAUUGUUUCUGAAGAAAAUGAAGACAGAGUUGAAGUUGCCGGUGUUAGCUCUAGUGGACAGCGAUCCCUAUGGGUUGAAGAUUUUGUCAGUGUAUGGUUGUGGGUCAAAGAAUAUGUCAUAUGACAGUGCAAAUUUGACUACUCCAGACAUAAAGUGGCUGGGUAUCCGGCCUAGUGAUCUAGAUAAAUACAAGAUUCCGGAGCAGUGUCGGUUGCCAAUGACCGAGCAGGAUAUUAAGACUGGGAAAGACUUGCUGGAGGAAGAUUUUGUUAAGAAGAAUUCCGGGUGGGUCGAGGAGUUGUCUUUGAUGGUGAAGUCGAAGCAGAAGGCUGAGAUUCAGGCACUAAGUACAUUUGGGUUUCAGUAUCUGACUGAGGUGUAUUUGCCCCUAAAACUGCAGCAGAAGGAUUGGCUCUGAGCGAUUUUUGAAGCAACUGUGGAUCGGUUUCUGGUAUGAAUAUUAGGAAUUUAUCCGUUCAGACUGGAUAUGUGAUUUUACUUUACAAUAAUGCAAAAAAUGUUAAGAAGUUAUUGUAAGCAUUUUGUCAUGUUCUCUGUGCUACUACUGGAAAUGAAAUAUGACUCGUGGCUCGUUCCUUGUAUUACAAUGAUUUUUGAAAGUAAUUUAUUCUGAAAUGAACUGCAUUCUGUUUGAGCA